UCCAAGAAGAGGAGUUACAGGUACAAACAAAGAACGAAGCUCAAGUGGAACGUUUAAUUUUGGCCCGUUAUCGCUUGAAACAAAUACCAUUCAUCUCAAAAGGCAGACAAGUUCAUCUGCUUAUUGCUGAUCUUUUUAUGUUAAUAGCAAACGAAGCCACUGCAAUCAAAUUACCUUCUAAUUUCAGAGAUCUGUACAGAAUUUAUCGCAAAUGGUAUCCGUUACAGACAACUUUAAUGUGCUCAAUCAAGAAUAUAAGUGUUGACAAAACAAAUUUGAUUUUAAUUGCUAAUGAAGUUCAGUUCGAUAAAUCCGAAGCGAUAAUUUUAACUGAAUCAAUUCCAUAUCUAAGAAAUUUGAUGAUUACUCCAGAUUAUGAUAAAUUUUUCAUUCGUCUUUUGAUUCUUCGAGGAAUCAAAGAAUCUAAAGUUGAUUAUCUUCUAAUGGCAAAUGAAUUGUUUACCAAAACUAACCUCAAAUUAGUGCGAGCGGCAAAUCAAACUGUGUAUACCUCUUCUAGUCUUAGAUCAAUGAUAAAUAAGAUGAAUGAAAAUAAUUUGGACACAUUAUUGGAUCAACAUCGACACGAGGAAAUUGUUGAACUAUUCGCAUCUAAAUCUGAGCUCUCUAAACAAGAAGAAGAGUAUCUUUGUCAAGCUAUUCAAUCAUCACAACAAUGGGAACGAGGGAUCGAAAUAAUUGCUCGAAGUAAACAAUUGACCGACACAUUGCUAAAUCUAUUACGAUCUUGUCUAAAGAAUGGUCAUGGAACAUCUAUUGAUCGAGAAUUGGCCAUCAAAUUGUUAAAAUUAGGAACUGAAGAUUACAACGUAAUGGCCUGGACUUGUAUUCUACAAACUUUCAUAAACGAGAUGCGAUGUGGACACAUUGACGAAGGGCAAAUCACUUAUUUAAUUAACUCAAUUCAUGAAUAUCUUGGGAAUAAAGGAGUUUGUUGUCAUUCCAAUGGAGAGUUUUUAUCUCUUUCACUCGAUUAUUCGAUCAAUCAAUCAACUAUCCUGAGAGAGAAAUUAAUUCUUAGCUGUCUUGGUUGUUUUUACAAACAAUUAGAAUGUAACUUUCUAUCAGCUCAUCCUGAAUCGGGAGUUUCUUUACAUUGGAAGGACAUGAAUACUAUUUACAAUCAUUUUAUUCCUAAAACUUUUCCAACUUUUGAUAGUGAAAAAUGUGAUUCUAUCAAUGCAAAUACUGCAGAGCUGUUACUCAAAUUGCUUUCCAAGGUCCCUGAUAAUUUAAAUCCUGAAAGAUUUUCCAAUUCUGUCAAAGAAUAUGUCGAUCAUGGAAAAUCCAUUGAGCCGUCAUCAAGUAUUCCAAAAGAUCAUGUUACUCAAGAUCUUUACUAUUAUUUAGCUGAUUAUUACUUAAAAAACAAAGAGGUUCUAAAAGCCGUACAAUUUUACAUGCUUGAUUUAACUUUAAAUCUCAAUCGAUUUGAUUCAUGGGCUGGAUGUGCACUCGCAAUAACAAGUCAAAUUGAUCAAUCUUCUUCAACUAAUGGUCGAGUUUUCUACUCAUCUACUCAUGAGGUGUUGCUUUUUGGGCAAAAAGCAUUUCGUUGUUACAAUAAAGCGACUCCAUUGAAAGAUAAUAAUUCCAAGGUAUGGUUCGAAUAUGGAAAGUGCGCUUAUAACAUUGCGAGUUAUAUUUCUCGAGUCAUGAAAUUUGGACCAGUACUGGAGAAUUCACAAAAGGAAGAGAUGAAUAAACAGCGAAAGAAAUUCUUAGAACAAGCUCGCGUUUGCUUCGAAUCAGCUAACAAAUUUGCCAAUGCUGACGAAAUUAUGAUGAAUUAUUAUUUCUUAGGAAAAAUCGCUGAGAGAAGUGACAUCUCAGAGGCACUUCGAUAUUACGGAUUAUCUUUGUCUCAUUUUGUCUCAAAUGGAGCAACUUCUGGAAUUAAUAAUGUCAAUUCUAUUCAUUAUCGUUUUGGCAUCGAAAUUCACUAUCGCAUUCAUGCUUAUGCCCUCAAGCAUAUUCAUAGAGAUAAAACUCUAUCACCGGAAAUACUGGAGGUUCUAACUCGUGCAGAAAAAAGUAUUACUCUCUUUGACUCUGUGUCAAGAAAUAAUAAAACCAUUGAUGAUACCGGAAAGGAAAUUUCUGAUUUGGCUACUGUGAAAAGUGAAGACCAACGAUUACAUCGAAAAAUCAUAAAUCUGUGUCGUGAAGCGAUGCUUAGAAUAUUAAGAUGUUCUCCAGGUCAUUACAAAGCUCUUUCUCGAAUGGCUUAUCUUUAUUCUCUUCUGAAGAUUUUGCAAACGCUCGAAAGAUACUCACCGAGCCAUUUGAACCGUCAACUCAUCCACAAAGUUCUACUACUUUCGAAAUUGGGGAUAAUUCAACUGAAACAGUAAAAUCUUCACCCAUCCAAGAUCUUUUCGACACGACUAAAUGUAACUAUUAUAUGUUCCAUGGAAUCCUGAA